AUGUUUCAGAAGAGGAUUGGUGAGUUUUCUUUUCCCCUUCUGUUCCUUCUGUCCUCUCUCUUCCUCUGUUGCCUCCUCCCUUCUUUUGCUUUCCGUCUUCUCAUCUUUUUGUAUCAUGUCUGGACUCGAUUCAUAACCGAUCUCUCUCAAGAAGCUCUUCAUUCGGCACAACACGAUUGGGCAGGUAGAAAUCGUAACGCCUUAGGACGUGGUCCUCGACCCGUCUUGACCGAUGGGGUUCAUUCUCUCUUAGCUUCUUGGGCAGUAGCAUUCUUCGCUCCUCGUGGUAUCCGAGUAUAUGCCGCUCAAAAUGGUCAAAGGGUUAUUCCACCACCUAUCGAACCUUUAUCUUCUAGAGGUAUUAGUCGUGCUUCUGAUUAUUCUAGCGCGACGAGUGAUGAAGAAGAAAGUGAGAGUGGUUGGGGUGAAGAGAAUGAAGCUAAAAGAAGAGAUAUGUAUUUACCUAGAAGAGAAAGGGAAUUAAGAAGUAGGGAACGUGCUAGAGCUAGAAGAAGGGAAAGAAGGAGAACUAUGAGAGAAGAAGAAAGAAGAUCUUAUGGUGAAGGUGAUUGGGAAGUUCAUUUCGUACAUAUGACACCUACCAUUUGGCAGGCGGGUGCUAGACCUAGGACUUAUGGUGAACCUGUUUUGAGGAGAAGGAGGUGA